GUCAAAUGAAAGAAAAAAUGAAGCUGAUCGUCGUCAAUCUCUCUCUUCUCUUUCUCUCUCUGCAUUUGUCCUCUCUAUUUCAUUUCGCCAUCGCUAAAGGCGGCCUUAUCAGCUCUAAUUUCUCAGGUUUGGGUGAUAGUAGCUAUGUCGGUUCAGCAAGGCAUUUGUUUGAGGAAAAGAAGUUCUCAAUGCAAGAGCAUAUCAAAAGACUUAACAAAUUGGCUGAAGGGUACAUGAGUAAUGCUGAGCUUGAGAAGGCCAUCAAGGAAUUUAACCGUAGGUGUAGUAGCAUAUCUAGAGUCUACAGUAUUGGUGAGAGUGUCUUAGGAGUUCCACUGUGGGUAAUCGAAAUCUCUGACAAGCCGGGCAAGGACGAACCUGAACCUGCUUUCAAGUUCAUUGGGAAUGUGCAUGGGGAUGAACCUGUUGGUCGUGAGCUUCUCUUACAUCUAGCAAAUUGGCUUUGUGACAACUAUGUGCAGCACCCUUUGGCUACUUUGAUUGUGAAUAAUGUUCACCUUCACAUACUUCCAUCCCUUAAUCCGGAUGGGUUUCAAUCAAGAUUGCGUGGGAAUGCAAACAAUGUAGACCUAAAUCGUGAUUUUCCAGACCAGUUCUUUCACAUGAACGAUGACCUGGGCAUGCGACAACCUGAAACAAAAGCAAUUAUGAGUUGGUUGGAAAAGAUCCAUUUCACAGCAUCUGCCACUCUGCAUGGGGGAGCACUUGUUGCUAAUUAUCCAUGGGAUGGAACUACAGAUGAAAAGAAGUACUACUAUGCAUGCCCUGAUGACAAAACAUUCAGAUUCAUGGCAAGUUUAUACAGUAAUUCACACCAUAAUAUGUCCUUAAGCAAGGAGUUUCCUGGGGGACUAACGAAUGGAGCUAUGUGGUAUCCUAUAUAUGGUGGGAUGCAAGAUUGGAAUUAUAUAUAUGCUGGCUGUUUUGAAUUGACUUUGGAGAUUAGUGAUGAUAAGUGGCCUAAUGCAAGUGAGAUUCCUGUUCUUUGGGAGUUUAACAGAAUGAGCAUGCUAAACCUUGUUGCAAGUCUCGUAAAGACAGGAAUACAUGGAAGGAUCUUCUCAUCAGAUUAUGGAAGCCCUUUGGCAGCCUCAAUAUCUAUCAAGGGAAUAAAUUCCACGAUCAAAGCUGGCAAAGUGUUUGCUGAUUAUCAUCGUUUGCUGACUCCUGGAGAGAAAUACGAAGUUGUCGCAUCGAUGCCCGGUUACAAGUCCAAGAGUACACGUAUCAUAUUGGGAGAAGAAGCAAGUACAGUAGACUUUAUUCUUGAUCCGGUAGUUGCUGCCAGAGAUGAUUCACUGCCAAGCAGGUGUGACUGCAGCUUUGAGAAGAGAGAGCAGAAACUCAUUGAGCUUUUGCCUGGGCAGCAUUCAGAAAUUUUGAUCGUUGUAAUUCUAAUUCUACUAUUCCUCUGCUUUUUGAUGAAGAGGAGAGUAAUAUUGAAUUAUUUGAGACCAAAACAGAUGGCAGGGCAAAAGCGGCCCCUUGUUGUAUGAAUUAUACAUCUGCACUUAAUUAGGAAUCUUUGUAUUUUAAGACACAAUUGGUAUAUAAUGUGCAUUUAAACAUGAUAUACCUUUUGUACAAUACAAAGGAAGAGCAGCAGCAUGAUACGAGAUGCAAAGCUGAUUCAUGAACGCUGUCAUGGAUUAUAACCAAUCCUAUUUUUGGGUUGGAAAUUGUUUUCCCAUUGUAAGGUAGAAAAAUAUAUGUCUGAAGUGCUUUGUAUCUUUGUCUU